AUGGCCGGCCAGAUGUCUGAGAAUAGGCCACAAAGGCAUCCGGACAACCCCGUGGUGUUCUUUGACAUCUCCAUCGGAGGUCAUCCUGUGGGCCGCAUCAAGAUGGAGCUCUUUCGAGAUGUGGUUCCCAAGACGGCCGAGAACUUCCGACAGCUAUGCACUGGUGAGUUCAAGCUGAACAAGGUUCCGAUUGGCUACAAGAACUGUACCUUCCACCGCAUCAUCAAGGACUUCAUGAUCCAGGGUGGUGACUUCGUCAAAGGCGAUGGGACAGGCAGUCUGAGUAUCUUCGGGGAGCGGUUCCCCGAUGAGAAUUUCGUCCUGAAGCACGACAAGCCAGGGUUGCUCUCCAUGGCGAAUAGCGGGGCGAACUCAAACGGCUGUCAGUUCUUCAUCACGGCGAACAAGUGCGACUGGCUUGACAACAAGCACGUAGUUUUUGGCCAGGUGUUAGACCCAGCUUCAAUGCUUGUGGCUGCGGCCUUACAAGACGAGGAGUCGGGCCCAAGUUGGCCCAACAAGCUUUUGGAGACCAUCAAGCGUUCAGGUUGCCUACGUGUAGGCCAUCUCAGUUGCCAACAAAAUCGGACCUGUACGGGCCCACAAUGA